CCCGGGGCGCAGCAUGGGAAGCCACAGCUCCAAGGCCGGCAAGGGGGACGUGAUCGCCCAGGAGGCCGCCGCCGGCGACGCCUCGCCCUCCAAGUCCAACGGCCAGCAGGAGAAUGGCCAUGUGAAAAUAAAUGGGGAUGUGUCACCAAAAGCUGAUGGAGAGGCCAGUUCCCUCAAUGGCAACGGAUCGGCGGAGCCAGUUCAGCAGGAGGCCACGGCUGAGGCGGGUGGUGGCGACGCCAUCGAGCCUGCGCCCGUGGCUGAAGGUGGAGAGGCCCAGUCCGAGGGAGCUCCUGGCGCUGCGGCUUCCAAGGAGACCCCGAAGAAGAAGAAGAAGUUCUCGUUCAAGAAGCCCUUCAAGCUGAGCGGCAUCUCCUUCCGGAAGGCCAAGAAGGAGGCAGGGGACACCUCUGCUGCGUCCUCUCCCAGUGAGGAGCCAGUGAAAGCGGAGGCCAAGGGCGAGGAGAAUCCCGCUUGCGCCACAGAGGAGUCGGAGCAGGCUGGCAUGACCAAAGAGGAAACCCCUGAAGGAAAGCCGGCCGCCCCACUUGGCGCAGCGGCCACAGCUCCAGAGGAGGGUCAGCAAGAAGCGGCAGUCAAGCGGGAGGAGGGGGACGAGGGGCGAGUGGAGGAGGAGCAGCAACAGCAGCAGCAGGCCCCGGCCAGCGGCAGCCAGGAGGACGCAAAGCCCGAGGAGGCAUCCAAAGCCACCGAGGCAGAGCCCAGCCCCACACCUGGGGCUGCCGAGCAGAAGGAAGAGUAGGACCUGCCCGAGGCCGCCUGCCUUGCAGAGUGAACUUUUUGUGCCAUCCUCCUCCUCCCGGGAACCCCACGGACCUGCUGCCUGGCAUGCGCACACAGAGCCACAGACACCAUCUCCUCCCCCGCCCCCAGUUUAUUGCUGAACUGACACGCUUUUUCACUCCAGGGUUGCCCUUCCCCGUGAUGCGGUUCAGGAAAGACGCGGGAGCCGCCACCUGGACACUGGGUCCUCACCGCAGCCACGGCCACCGCUCGGAGCAGGCCUUCCUAAGUCCUCCUUAAAGCUAUGCAGGAAUCUUGUUCCUGGACAGAAACUGGAACUUGGUCAGUUUAAUGAGACUCCAAAUAUUAACACCAAGUUCUGGUCUCUCAGAUCUUCUAUUUCUACUAAUCCUCAAAGCAGCUUUUUUUCAAAAAGUCCAAUAAACCAGCAAUUGACCGUUCUUCAAAACGGAUAUUCUUUUAUCUCUCAGUUUACAUUCCGGGUUCUGACUUCAUUUAAAAGUAUUUUGUGCUUUUUAUACAAACCAACCGUUUAAAAGCUAAUCUGGUUAGUUUUUUACAAUGUCUUGCUCCUGGCUUUAAACCAUAAAGCUUGUGAGUCCACUGUGUUUAAUUUGACUUCAGAGGGAGAAGAUCUUGGGUUUAUUUUGGGGGGGUGGGCACAUGGUGGGUGGGGGUGGGAGAUGAGGUUGGGAGAGUGCUGGCUGUAUGCUGUGACUUCCAUUUUUGUUUUCUUGUCUUUGUAAAUAAUUUUUUAAUGACCCAACUUCUGAUCUGCGAUUUUCUAACUCUUAAAUAAAGGUUGUAUGGGUCUUAUUGUAACAUUUGAAAGGAAUAAAUGGUGACCCCCCUUUA